AUGGAUAGGCAAGCAUUGUGGAAGAGGGAAGACACCAAAUCGUUCUACAUAUGGGGAGGGCAUAACAUUGACUCCGGACGACUAAUGGACGAAUCCCUGUCCGAUGGCUCGUGGAAGUUUCAAACGGAUGGCACUGGUGGUGGUCAAUGGUCAAAGGAGACCGCAACGAACCCCACAGAAUUCGAAGAACUAGAGCGGAGCGAGGACGGCGCAUUCGCCAGUACUCCUCAAGGGGGAUUCUGGUUCGGAGGCAUGGCCAAUUUUCGAACGAGAUUGAAUGCGACUAAUGGCAACACAAACACCGCCGUGCAACCUAUACCGGGCAUGGUUUUUUACGAUUGGAAGACGAACCAAUGGUCGAACGAAACAGAAGAAUUCAAGGCCGCUUUCCCCCCAUUUGGAACAGUGAGAGGCGCUAGAGCCCUAUUUGUUCCCAAUUACGGGUCGAAUGGUAUAAUUCUUCUCAUGGGCGGUUUCCAGUCAACUUUGGAGCCUAUAGUAAAAGCCAGCCAAAGCUUGUAUAAAUGGAUGGACUUUUCAAACAUCACAUUCAUGGACCCAGUGUCCAGAAAGUGGUAUAGUCAGAAGACUACAGGAUCCGCACCAACCAAGCGCCAAUGGUUCUGCAUGGUAGGGGUCGAGGGCAAGUCCUCUUAUGAGAUGUAA